GGUCUUAAUGAAGAGAUCAUGUAAAUUCAGUCCGUACCGGCUAAUAGUGAGGAGCAGUCAUGGACAACAUUAAGAUCAAAGUCAAUGGGGUCCAACACACGGUUGGAAGUGAGGUGAGCUCCGAUGUGAUGCUGGUGGACUACCUCCGUAACUUCCUGGAACUGCGCGGUACCAAGUACAGUUGUCGCGAGGGAGGCUGCGGAGCCUGCAUCGUAACAGCUUCUAAAACUCCUGGCACUCCAUAUGUAUCAGUUAAUUCUUGUUUGGUGGCAGUCACAUCUUGUGAUGGCUGGGACAUUAGAACGAUAGAAGGUUUGGGCAACAAGAAGGAUGGGUACCACAAGGUCCAAACGACGUUGGCAGAGAACCAUGGAAGUCAGUGCGGGUACUGCAGCUGUGGAUGGGUUAUGGCCAUGCAAGGCGUCUUAGAAACCAAAAAAGACCUAACUAUGAAAGAAAUAGAGAAUUCAUUCGGUAGCAACCUUUGCCGUUGUACCGGGUACAGACCAAUUAUUGAGGCAUUCAAGAAGUUUGCCAAAGAUGCACCGAAAGAAGAAAGAAUUAUGGAUUUACAAAGUCUGUAUAUUUGCAACAAAAAUGGAAAUAAAUGUUGUAGUGAAAAAGAAGAUGAUUGGUGUAUGGUAGAAAAGAAUGAUACUGAAUUGGAAAGUAACAAAGUAAAGGAAUUGGUUUUAAAAGAUGGUAGAAAAUGGUUCCAGGCCAAGAGAAUAUGCGACAUAUUUGAUAUUUUAGCGAGAGAAGGCACUGAUUCGUAUAUGCUGGUUGCUGGAAAUACUGCCAAAGGUGCUAUUCCCAUUGAUGAGUACCCUAAAAUUCUGAUUGACAUCAAUAAUGUCCAAUCUCUAAAAACCAUCGAAACCGAUCAAAAUGUCAUCCUUGGAGGAGCAUUAACUCUUACCGAGUUUAUGGAUGUACUCAAAUCAAAAUCUUCGGACAAGAAUUUCAGCUACUUUACCAAAUUUUAUAAUCAUAUGGAUCUAGUCGCUCACAUCCCUGUGAGAAAUGUGGGUACCAUCGCUGGAAACCUGAUGAUCAAACAUGGCUACAACAUGUACCCGUCCGAUGUAUUCCUGCUAUUUGACGCUGUUGGUGCAGAGUUGACCAUUGGAUCUAGAACCGAAAAGUUUACAGUUACAAUGGAUGAGUUUUUGAAACUAGACAUGAAAGGAAAAUUGAUCAUAAAUGUUAUGCUUCCACCCCUUAAUGAAGAUUAUCUUCUGUACACCUAUAAGCUUAUGUCAAGAGCCCAAAGUGCUCACUCCAUAGUCAACGCUGGAUUCCUAUACAAAAUUGAUCGCAAGAAGGAUGUGAUUGAGAAAGCUAGAGUCGUUUUCGGUCACUUAUCAUCAACGUUCAUAAGGGCAAGAGCGACUGAAAGUUACCUGGUUGGAAAGAGGUUGUUUGAGAAUGAAACGGUGCAAGGUGCUUUGGGAGUAUUGGACGGAGAAAUGCUUGUUGAAGAUAAUCCUCCUGAACCGUCUGUAGAGUUCAGAAGGUAUUUAGCAAAGGCUUUGAUGUUUAAGGGCAUUCUUUCUCUAUGUCCAUCUUCAACCAGAGGCCAACGUUUGUCAUCUGGGGCUAUUAACAUCCGUGAAAAUAGACCUGUCACGACUAGCCGUCAGGUUUAUGAAUCUGACCCUAAGAUGUGGCCAUUAAACCAGCCUAUCGCUAAAGUGGAAGCAACGGUUCAAUGUGCCGGAGAAGCUCUUUACACAGAAGACAUUCCUGCCCUCCCUCGCGAAGUCUUCGCCUCCUUCGUACUCAGCACUGUGGCUUUGGGUACGAUAGUCAAAAUUGAUGCUAGCGCUGCUUUGAAAUAUCCAGGAGUAGUUGCAUUCUAUACGGCUAAAGAUAUACCCGGAUUAAACUCGUUCACACCACACGACAGCUUGUUCUACACGGCUAAUGAAGAAAUAUUGUGUGACGGCAACGUCAAAUUCUACCAUCAGCCAAUUGGUAUUAUCGUAGCAGAGACUCAGCAUGUAGCUGAUAGAGCUUCCAAACUCGUUGUAGUGAAGUACAGUAAUGUUAGAAAACCAGUCAUAGAUAUUAAAGAAGCAGUAAAAGAUGAAAGUAAAAAUACUCUUCACGCUUCAGCUGAAGCAACAAACCCUGGUACAGAUGUGUACAAGACGAUAACUGGCAGUAACACAUUCUAUGGUCAAUGUCACUUCCCAUUAGAGAGCAUUGUUUGUGUAGCAAAGCCUAUUGAAGAAGGACUUGAAAUACACGCGGCUACGCAAUGGCUUGAUGGAGUACACACGAUGGUAUCAAGGGCAUUGAAUUUGGGUGAAAAUAAGUGAGUUAUUUAUUUUUAU